GCCUCCCCAGCGCACCCGUCCAGACCAGCCGCGGCCCGAGCAUGGAGCGGCGCCCGCGCCCCGCCGCGCCCCCCCCGCUGCUGCUGCCGCUGCUGCUGCUGCUGCCCCGGCCCCCCCCGGCGCGGGCAGGGGCGCCCGUGGACGUGCUGCAGGCGCUGGGGCUCCAGGAUGGCAGGGACGGGGUCUCCAUCGCCGCGGGCAUCUGCACCCAGCGCCCCGGCGACCCCGACAGCGACUUCGCUUUCCGCGUGGACAACCGCACCCACCUCAGCGCCCCCACGCGGCAACUCUUCCCCGAUGACCCCUUCCCCGAGGACUUCUCCAUCCUGGCCACGGUGCGGCCGCGGCGGGGCAAUCAGGCCUUCCUGCUCUCUGUGUACGACACGCGGGGAGUGCAGCAGCUGGGCGUGGAGCUCGGCCGCUCCCCCGUCUUCCUCUACGAGGACCAGCACGGGCAGCCCGAGCCCCCGCAGUACCCGCUCUUCCGCCAGGUCGACCUGGCCGACGGCAGGUGGCAUCGGGUGGCACUGAGCGUGGAGGGCCAGGUUGUGACGCUGUGGCUGGACUGCAUGCCCGCGGCAACACUGCCCCUGGCACGGGGCCUACGGCCCGUGGUCAGCACUGAGGGCAUCACAGUCUUCGGGGCACGGCUGAUGGAUGAGGAGGUCUUCCAGGGCGAUGUGCAGCAGCUGCUGAUUGUGCCAGAUCCGGCAGCCGCUCAGGUGUACUGCGAACGCUACAUGCCUGGCUGCAAUGUGCCACUGGCCUACCCACUGCAGGCACCCUUCCCGGAGCAGCAGAGUAGGCCAGAGCCAACCAGCACUCCACGACGGAAGGGAAAGAAGGGCAAAGGCAAAGGUAAAGGCCAGGGCCGGCGCAAGGGCAAAGGCAAGAAGAAGAGGAACAAGGAGCAGCUGGAAGUGCCCACGCCCCUCAUGGCACUAGGCCAGGAUGAGUCACUUGUGGCCCCAUCAGAGGAUGAACGCAGUACUCCAGUGCCCACUACCAAUCCUGACCCCACUGUGACCACCAGCCCUGGCCACACCAACCCCCAUGAGGACCUGGUGCUUGGGCGUGACGGGAACCCCAGCGCCACUGGCUCAUGGCCACAGGAGUAUGAGGAGUAUGAGGAGGCCACAGAGCCCCUGGGACGUGGCCGCUUUGGCCCUGCAGAACCUGAUGACACCAUGGUCUGGACCAUGCAGAAAGGCAGUCUGAAGGGCAAGAAGGGGGAGCCGGGUGCUGUGGAGCCUGGCCAGCAGUUUGAGGGGCCACCUGGACCUCCAGGCCCUUCAGGUGAAAUGGGCCCUGCAGGGCCCCCAGGGCCUCCAGGGUUUCCAGGGGACCCUGGCGACUGGGGUCCCGCUGGGAGGCCAGGGCUGCCAGGAGCCGACGGGGCGCGAGGGCCACCAGGCACAAUGAUCAUGCUGCCGUUCCAGUUCGGUGGUGACACCCACAAAGGCCCAGCAGUCUCGUUCCAGGAGGCGCAGGCCCAGGCCAUCCUGCAGCAGGCCAAACUGGCCAUGAAGGGCCCCCCUGGCCCCAUGGGCCUCACUGGACGCCCUGGACCCUUGGGUCUCCCAGGCUAUCCGGGGCUGAAGGGCGAUGCGGGUGACAUGGGGCUGCCGGGUCCACGGGGGAUCCAAGGCCUGAUGGGGCCACCAGGGAGGCUAGGCAAGAGGGGCCGUUCUGGGGCCGAUGGUGCCAGGGGCCUUCCAGGUGACACAGGACCUAAGGGUGACCGGGGCUUUGAUGGGCUCCCGGGGCUGCCAGGUGAAAAGGGCCACAAGGGCGAAGUUGGGAAGCCGGGGUCACCGGGCCCCCCUGGGGAGAUGGGCCCCAAGGGUACAGAUGGCCUACCAGGGCCCCGGGGGCAGCCAGGGGAGCCCGGCAUGAGAGGCCUGGCAGGAUCGCGAGGUGUCCCCGGCUCCCCAGGACCGCCGGGUCCAAGCGGCAUCGAUGGAGCUACCGGGCCCAAAGGCAACCAGGGCAUCAUGGGCGAGCCAGGCCCCCCUGGGCAGCAGGGGAACCCAGGACCCCAGGGCCUGCCCGGCCCCCAGGGGCCCGUGGGGCUGCCAGGGGAGAAGGGUGUGCUGGGCAAGCCAGGCAUCCCAGGCGUGGCUGGGGCCGAUGGACCCCCUGGUCACCCAGGCAAAGAGGGGCCAACUGGGGACAAGGGCCUCCAGGGCCCACCUGGCACUGCAGGUCCUGUCGGCUACCCCGGCCCUCGAGGAGUCAAGGGGACCUUUGGAGCAAGAGGCCUGAAGGGCAGCAAAGGGGAAAAGGGAGAAGAUGGAUUCCCUGGCUUCAAGGGCGAUAUGGGCACCAAGGGUGACAGGGGUGACCAGGGGCCUCUGGGGCUGCGAGGGGAGGAUGGCCCCGAGGGGCUGAAGGGGCAGAUGGGCACUGCAGGGGAGCCAGGGCCACCUGGCCUGGCCGGAGAGAAGGGCAAGCUGGGUGUCCCAGGCCUGCCAGGCUACCCCGGGCGCCAGGGCCCCAAGGGCUCCACCGGCUUCCAGGGCUCUGUGGGGCUGGCCGGCGAGAAAGGCAAAAGGGGCAAGGCUGGCCAGGCCGGGCAGACAGGACCACGUGGAUCCCCGGGCCUACCUGGAGAGCGGGGCCAGCCAGGGAGCACAGGGAAGCCAGGCCCAAAGGGAGAAUCUGGCCACGAUGGGGCUCCUGGCACUGCAGGGGAGAAGGGCCCCCAGGGGCCACAAGGCUCCAGUGGCUUCCCAGGUCCCAAGGGGCCUCCAGGCCCCCCUGGCAAAGACGGGCUGCCGGGACACCCAGGACAGCGUGGAGAGCCAGGUUUCCAUGGCAAGACCGGCCCCCCUGGCCCCACAGGGGUCGUGGGACCUCAGGGUCACUCAGGGGAAACUGGCCCCAUGGGGGAGAGGGGGCACCCAGGCCCCCCUGGUUCCCCUGGGGAGCAGGGGCUGCCAGGCGCUGCUGGCAGAGAAGGCACCAAGGGAGACCCUGGCCCAGCCGGCACCCCUGGAAGGAGUGGGCCGCCUGGUGUCCAUGGCUUCCCUGGCGCCCGUGGUGCCUCUGGCGAGAUAGGUCCAGCUGGCCUGAAGGGUGGGGAAGGCCCCCCUGGCCCUCCUGGGCCCACAGGCUCCCCUGGUGAGCGCGGUCCCUCAGGCCCUGCCGGGGGCAUCGGGCUGCCAGGACGGGGCGGGGCACAGGGCCCUCCCGGCCCUGCUGGUGAGAAGGGAUCCCCGGGCGAGAGGGGCCCCCUGGGCUCAGCUGGACAUGAUGGGAUCCAGGGCCCCGUGGGGCUGCCAGGUGCAGCUGGCCCCCCGGGCCCUGCCGGGGAGGACGGAGACAAGGGUGAGAUGGGGCUGCCAGGGCAAAAAGGCAGCAAGGGGGACAAGGGGGAGCCGGGCCCACCGGGGCCGAUGGGGAUUCAGGGGCCCAUUGGGCAUCCAGGCCCCGCGGGCCUGGAUGGGGAGCCUGGGCGCCGUGGGCAGCAGGGGAUGUUCGGGCAGAAGGGAGAUGAGGGUGCACGGGGCCUCCCUGGUGUGAGCGGGCCUGAUGGACUGCAGGGCCUGCCAGGCCCUCCUGGUGAGAAGGGCGAGAGCGGAGACGUUGGCCCCAUGGGUCCCCCCGGAGCUGCAGGUCCCCGAGGGCCACAGGGCCCCAGCGGCGGGGAGGGCCCCCAGGGGCAGUUGGGUGGAGUGGGGCAACCGGGUGCCGUUGGGGAGAAGGGGGAGCCGGGUGAAGCAGGGGACCCAGGGCCUGCAGGGGAGCCAGGACACCCCGGCACCAAAGGGGAUGUUGGUGAGAAGGGCGAUGCAGGGCCAUCGGGUGCAGCUGGAGCGCCAGGCAAGAGGGGACCCCCUGGUGAUGAUGGGGCCAAGGGCGAUCUGGGCCCCAUUGGCUUCCCCGGAGAUCCUGGCCCCCCAGGAGACCCUGGUGUGUCGGGCCUGGACGGAGCCCCUGGGGACAAGGGUGAUGGCGGAAACCCCGGUGCCCUGGGCCCACCUGGCGCCUCGGGGGAACCUGGCCCCCCUGGCCCCCCAGGACGGAGGGGGCCAGCAGGGCCAAUGGGGCGCGAGGGCCGUCAGGGCGACAAGGGAACCAAGGGGGAGCCAGGCACAGAGGGGCCACCUGGAAAGAUGGGGCCCGUGGGAGCGCAGGGCCCCCCAGGCCGACUUGGCCCCGAUGGCCUGCAUGGGAUCCCAGGCCCUGCCGGCGAGCAGGGCCUGCUGGGUGCACCAGGGCAGGCGGGGCCACCAGGGCCCUUGGGCCCUGUGGGGCUGCCAGGACUCAAGGGUGACCCCGGGCACAAGGGCGACAAGGGCCAUGCAGGACUCAUUGGGCUCAUUGGUCCCCCUGGAGAGAUGGGCGAGAAGGGGGACCGGGGGCUGCCUGGUAUCCAGGGCCCCAUGGGGCCCAAAGGGAAUCCCGGCAUGACCGGUCCCCUGGGUCCCCCUGGACCCCCUGGACCACCCGGACUCUCGGGGCCGGUGGGCCAGAAGGGCUCCAAGGGCUCCCCAGGGGCGCUGGGCCCCAGAGGAGACACAGGACCUCCUGGCCCCCCAGGGCCACCGGGCCCCUCAAUGGAGCUGCUGGAGCCACUGGCGCUGGCGGGAGGCCGGAGGCACCGUCGGGGAGCACCAGGCCUGUCCCCCAAGUCUACUGAGGGCCUGGAGGAGGUUCAUGCGGUGCUGAGCUCCCUGCAGGCUGAGGUGGAGCAGCUACGGCGCCCGCAUGGGACCCCUGAUAGUCCUGGCCGUGCCUGUGCUGAGCUGCGGCUCUCCCACCCUCAUCUGCCUGACGGUGAGUACUGGAUCGACCCCAACCAGGGCUGCUCCCGAGAUGCCUUCAGGGUCUUCUGUAACUUCACCGCCGGUGGCGAGACCUGUCUCUUCCCCGACAAGAAAUUUGAGGCUGUCCGACUGGCUGCCUGGAGCAGGGAGAAGCCAGAGUCCUGGUUCAGCUCCUUCAAGCGGGGCCAGAAGUUCUCAUAUGUGGAUGUGGAUGGGCACAUAGUGCCAGUGCCUCAGGUCACCUUCCUGAGGCUGCUGAGCGCCAGUGCCUACCAGACCUUUGCACUCACCUGCCAAAACGCAGCUGCCUGGUUUGAUGCCAGUGCCAGCAGCUUCACCCGGGCCUUGCGACUGCGUGGUGCCAACGGUGAGGAGCUUGGACACAGCCACCCUAGCGCACCCAUCCAUGCCCUUGCUGACGGCUGCCAGGUGCGUCGGGGACAGGCACGCACCGUGCUGGAGGUGCGGGGGCCCCAUGUGGAGUGGCUGCCGCUGGCUGAUGUGGCCGUCACCGACUUUGGGGGUGCAGGGCAGAAGUUUGGCUUUGAGCUGGGCCCUGUCUGCUUCGUGGGCUGAGCCGCUGCAGGAAGGGGGACAGCUCCGGGCCCCUCCGUCCCCAGAACCCCCCUGCCUGCCCACCUGGGCGCUCUCAGGACUCAAUGCCCUCCCAGGGCAGCUGUGGACAGAGCGGGGCACCCCCCCCCCAGACUGAAUGAGGUGUGGACUGCCCCCCUCCCACUCCCCUAUGGUGCUAUGAGGCUCCAGGAGGAGCCGCCCUAGUGACGCACUGGAGACAUGGCCAGGAUCAGGACCUGGACUUGGGUCUGGACCCAGCCUGGCGCAGAUGCCCCCUCCCCGGCCCCCAAGACCAUCUGUCUGUCCGUCCAGCCUGCUGGGGCAGGCAGGGGGCAGAGGGGGCCUGGGGCAGGUGCUUGGGGCCUGUGUAUGGCCCAGGGGGUGAGUGAAGCCACACACAUUUGCACACACCCUCAUACAUGCACAAACACACAUGCACAUGCACACCCCCCAGGUGCAUGCCCACACACUUGUGCAUGCAAGCAUUAGGCACACGCAUCCAGGCACAUGCAUACCCACCCACCUGCAUGCACAGCCAUUCACGCACGUGUGGACACCUCCUCCCAUGUGCAGGUGUGCAUACACACACAUACACAUUCAAUUUGUUCACACCCCCCCAGGUGCAAGAGCAGGCACAAGUGCACAACCCGCAGGUGCACGUGCACACACGUGUGUGCACACGCCGGCGGGUACACAGGCACACACCCACACACAUGCACUCACGUAUGCACACACCCACAAGGUGCUUGCACACACACGCGCAGACAAGCGCACACACACCCCCGUGCACACGCACCCAGGUACAUGCACACCCACCCCCCGGGCAGCCCCGGCCCGGCCCCUCCCCCUCGCGGAGACUGUACCAAUAAACGAGUUGUAUCGACA